AUGUCUACGGCAAGGGAAAUGGGUGUCGAAAGAAUUAAAAUUAUUGGGGACUCAAACCUGGUGCUGAGUCAAUUACAAGGAAAUUUCACUGUGAAGGAACCAGCAUUGGCGCCGUAUCGUACAGCUGUUGAAGGCUUGCUCGUUCUUUCAAACAAGUUGUGUUGGAACAUAUCCCGGGGGUCACUAAUAGAUAUGCUGAUGCAUUGGCCACUUUGGGAUCGAGGCUCUCAUUUGUUGAAGAACAGCCCAAUAUUGCAGUAA